AUGCGUUUUCUGUCCCUUGUCGCAUCGCUGGCCGUGGCAGCUUCCGCCCAGCAACUUCUCGUAUACAGCGACACGGCCCUCCCUUCGUGCGCCCAGCAAUGCACCGUCCUCCAGAGCGCCCAAACCGGCUGCAUCCCUCCAGCAGCACCUGUGACAGACGCCCUCAUCUACGAAUCGUGUUUCUGCCAGUCCGGAUACCUCACCACACUCAAGGCUGCUGGUUCGACCAUCUGCUUCGAUGUGUGUGAAGCCAGCGAUGUGGCCAAGAUUGCCUCGUGGUACCAAUCCAACUGUGCCGACAACGGUGUCGCUGCAGCCGCCAAAGUCAGUGCCGGCACUGCAACAGACUCGACUACCGCGACAGGUGCUUCGACUGUAGCUUCGACUCUGUCCACAUCGACCUCAGGAAGCUCCAGCAGCUCGGGCAGCUCACAAGGCACAAGCUCGUCGCAGAAUGCAAACGCUCAUCACGAUUGGUGGACGGACCAUUGGAAGUGGAUCGUCAUGCUCAUCGUCGUCUUUGUCGGUCUGGGAAUCCUGACAGUCGUUCUCGUGCUCAUCCGCCGUCGCUACCGCCGGCGUCAAGACAUUGCAACUGCCCCCUUCAACUCGGGCAUCACUCGCAACUCGUUACCUGCGCUUACUGUCACCCCUCCCGCACUCGGCAAGGCACCCAGCAAUCAAGCCAGCAGGACCAGUCUACCAAGAGUCCGCGAAAAGGACAGAAUGACCGUCACCGAUGUGCCCGUCCCUCCAUUGCCCAUAACCCAUGAUUUUGCUACAAAAGAACGAGGAAACUCUCCAGACUUUGAGUACGGACGUGCGAGAUGA